AUGUUUACUUGGAAGAAGGGUCCUCUUUCUUCACUGAGACAUAUGCCACUUAAGUAAGUAUGCAUCUGAUUGUUGCUUUAAAGUCUUUGCAAUGUGACUUAGAACAGUUGGUGUCGCUUCUGUGCAUUGUGCUACCACUUCAGGGGCUCCCACUUGGAAUAGGCUUGCUAAACCCAGGCUAGUUCACUGGGAGCUCCUUUAAGUUCUUCUUCAAAGCUUAGAAAAGCAUAAAAUUGGAGCUGGAUGGGGCAUUGGAGAUCCUUUAAUCCAGUCCUGUGCUCGGUGCCGGAUUUUGUAACAAACUCAUCCCUGAGAAAUGGCUGCCUAGUAUUAUCUUGCCAUGCCCUGUUUUAAACACAUAAUUUGCUUCUAUCAAAGCAAGUGUUCGUUUGUUGGUCACUUGGAAGACUGCUCUUCAGUUGCCAAGUAAUCUGAAAAUAAUUGUAAAAUGCAGGUGCUGUAAUAUAGGGGGCAUUGUAACUAAUGUUUUUAUUCAAAAUAUAAUUAUAUUUUGAAAUCUAGGAAUUUCUAUGUAUGGUAAUACUGGAUUUGUUAGCAAGCUCUUGGCUGUAAGCUGGUACUACUGAGUACUACUAAGCUAGUACUAAUAUUUAUGUUGCUUGUGCCUGAGUAAUUGCAUUAUAUGACACAAAGGAUGGGAUCAUUUGGAGCAGGAGGUCAGUUACCUAAUACUGCUGCUUAGCACUUGGAAUACUGUCUACUGGAUGCUAUACCUCAAAAGGGGUUUUGUGGAGCUGGAGAAAGUUCAGAAAAGGGCCACCAAAACAGUCCCCUGUGAGAAGUUAAAAUGUUUGCGGAUUUUUGGUUUAGAAAAUUGAUUUGAUUGGGUAAAGUGUUUUCUUCCUCUCUCGUGAAAUUAGAGCUGAAUCUUGGGAGAUAUAGGACGGACAAAAGGAAAGACUUCACAGCACAAUUCACUACUACAAUGUGACAGUAAUGGCUGCCUCCUUGGAUGGCUGUAAAGGCUCCUCCUAGUCAGGAUAGCUCUGUUACCUCCAGUAUCGGAGCCCACGUGCCUCUGAAUACCAAUUUAUUGGGGAACACAAAAAGUGCCAUUGUUCAAAACAUCCUUCGCCUUUCCUUAAAAUGUGCUGUAUUGUCAGUAUUUUUGUUAUUUUAUCUGCAUUCCUAAAAUGGUGUUCUAGUCAGAGAUGCUCUAUGUGCUCCAAAGUGCUUCCGCCCCAUUAAUGCGGGGGCAAGAUGCUAGGAAGGGUUAGGGGAAGGGUGAGAUUUCUUGGGCAUGAAUUUUGAGGGAGUUCUCCCUUAGUAAAAGAUAUAAUUUGGAGCUGCUAUGUUCUGUGUUCCUGUGUGGAAAAAGUGGGGUCAUAUGGAUUUACGAAGUUCGGACUAUAUCCAUUUGGUAUAAUAUUGGUAUUUUGAGAGCAGGUGACUAAUGAAUAUGAACAUAUCUAUGUUCUCAAGAGCAGCUGGAAGGUUGCCAUAUUUCAAAAAGUAAAAUUAAAAAAGCAAAAUUGUUGAGAUUUUUAAAAGAAAAUAAGCUUUUGAGGGGAAACCUAACCCAAAAACAGUGAUAUUUUGAGCUGUUUACGCUGCUUUUUCCAUUGCAUUGCCAUACACCCGGGUUUUCCCUGACAUUUUGACUGUUCGGCAAAAUUCCCCGGGCACCAUUUUUACACCUGAAAACCAGGACAUGUCAGGAAUAUUCCUGGCGUAUGGCAAGCAUAGAGUAACACCACUUACCACUUUGCAUUAGUUUGUAACAAAAUCUGGUCAGUCACAAUAUGAGUGUGGGGUGUAAUUUGGUGCACUGUUGUUGGUAUUAAAUAGUUGUCCAACAUAGUCCGAUGAGGAGUGCUGCAUUGUAACCAAAAUAGUAGACCCAAAUGCUUUACUCGAAUGUUAAGACUCGAAAAACUUAACAUUUUGAUGAAUAAACCAUCUUCCAUUUUGUUCGGAUUGAGAAAUAAAACAAAUGAACCUCCUUUGGCUGCAUUGGCAACACAUUCCUACAAUGUUCCUGUUCGGUCACAGAACUGAUGCAUAACCCCAAAAUUCCUGCAUUCCUACCUUGUGCAUUGAUGCCAGUGGCAUAAAUUAAUAAGUCCAAGGUAGCAUCUUUCCUUAAGUGUGGAGCCCAUGCUUAUCUUUCUGUAAGGACAGCUGACCCCAUUCUGAGUUUGAAGUGGUUGUAUAGAACAGAUUACUGCCUCAAAUAACCAUGAUUAGAUCUUCAUUGCUGUUUUAUACUUAUAAUCAAAUGUCUCAUAACAUUGCAAGAUGUGAUUAUUUCAAUCACAUAAUUCAUUUAUAAUAAUUACUUGUAAACUAACUAAAUAAAAAAAGGUAACAUGCAUUUGGAGGUGCUAUCGUUUUCUCUCUCUGCCUUUUUAAUCAGUGUGAAGAUAUCACAGGCUUUCUCUGGCGGUUUAAUUAUAGACUGGCAGCCGCUCUUCAUGGCUAUACUUCGUUGGGGAGCUGACAGUCUGUUAGCAGGAAGAACCUCUCAUACGAGUUUGAGUCAGCACGCUUCCAAGAACUGCUUUCAAGGUACUUGAUAAUGCAUGUUCUCUCCUGUUCUGCUUUGCUGCUUUCUCCCCUAGUAUCUCUUAUGCUUUUCAAUGUUUGCAGCUUCUAUAUUUUAGGCCCUCUUAUCAUUUUUGCUAUUUGUUUAUUUUUUAAAGUAUUUAUGUACCGCCCUCUCAUAGAAUAUCAGGAUGGUGCACAGCAACAUAAAAACUCAACACACACGCGCAACAGUGCAGAACAAUAAAUUUGCUAGCUAAGAUUCUUCACCUUCGCAGUUUGGACUUUCAGUAUCAUCUUUGUGUGAUAAGAUGCCUCUCAGUUGGCAAACUUCAUUUCUGCUCCAAUCUAGAGUCAGACUUUGGGAGUUACUUUUUGGUUUGUAGUAUCAGGUUCUCUCCCCGCCCCGGCCGCUCCAAUCAGGAGAGCAAAUGGGGAGUACAAAAGUCCCAGUUUAUAUAUAACUGUUCUUUGUGCCAGUCAGACUGUGCGACAGGAACUGAUUUUGCAGCGCAGCCCACAUCUACUCAGUAUUUGCAGCUUGGUCAGAGCAUGGCCUCUCUCUCUUUGCUCUUGAAUUCCAUAAUUUCAGCAACUUUUUUCACAUCCCCAAGAAUUAAUGCACUUCUGGGUCAGUUCCCUUAUAAGGAGAGAAUACUGGAGAAAUUGUGUUUUUUAUUGCCGUGUGUGAAAAGGUACAUUUUCUCUGAAUCACAGUCCUUAUGUAGGCAAAAUGGGAGAUAGCAGGAGGCUUGGGGGGAAACCCAAGUUUUGCAAAGUACAAAGAAACUUUUUGGGGUGGGGAGAAUGGCUCCAUUCAUGUCAGCAGGCUAGGGGAAACCCAUGCUUUGCAAAAAUGCAAAGCAACUAAAGGGGAAAAACUAAAAGAGAAAAAAAUUCUUCAACAACCCAGUGAAGAUGGAGCAUGUUCAGUGGUCACAGGAUGGUGAGUUGGCGCAUGGAGUGGGGGAGGGGAAGGAGGGUGGUGGUAAUAGAAUGGAGUAUCCUAGAAAAAACUGUGGCUGGAAGGAAUCCUGAACACAAACUUUUCACACUGCAACAUUUUGUUUUAGGAUCUACUUCUAUCUGUUCAUUUACAAAUAUGCAAGGUGGGACGAGUCUUAAGUUGAAUCUGGGUUGAUUUUGCAACUCCUCAUCACCACUCUAGUUUGCUUUUUGCCUACCAGCCUCAAAACUUGGAACUCUUUCUCUUACUCCUAAAAUUCAAACUGUUCUCCAUCCUUUGGUGUGUGCCUGUGCACACAGAGAACACUGAUUUCAGACUCUGCCCUGAGCAAUAGUUGUGACCUUUGCAGUGCCCUUGAGUAGGCAUGAACCAUUAAAAGCCAUAAAAGAAGCUGUCUGUCUAUCUAUGUAUCUAAUCUUCUUUUGAUGCCCCACAAAAGCAUUCCCCUAACACCAGGGUGUGAAUAUGUUUGCUUUAGAUUCCUCUCCAGAGAUUCUCUUUUAAUUUUACAUUAGUAUUGCUAAUGGGCUCACAUUGUUUCCUUUUUAAUCCAUCUCCCAUGUUAAGAAUAUCUCAAAAAUAUAAUCCCUUGUGGUAUACUAUAGGCUGGGACAAAUGGCGUAAGAAGCCUUUUUUCCUUUUCCUUUCUCUGAAGCUUAUAUCCUACCUUCCUUCAAGGAGCUCAAGGUGUUAUAGACAUGCACAAUUUAUCACAUUUUUCCAUGUAUAAGACGACCUUUUUUCUGAUUUUUUUGUGAUAAAUUGAGGGUCGUCUCAUACACGGGUUAAUAUGCUAAGUAAGCGAGGGCUGGUGCUGCGGCGAUAGCAGGGAAAUGUUGGAGAGGAGGCUGCUUACGCACUGUGUCCGGCUUACAAAGAGUAUUUGGUGAGUGCCAGUAUGCAGUGUAUUACGGCACCAGUUCCGUCAGCCAGAGUGAGGGAUCGUUGAAAAGCUGCUCAACAACUCAUUGAACUUACAAAUGAAGUUCAACAACUGUUGAGGGCUCCAAAAAAUAGGGGUUGUCUUAUAUAUGGGGUCAUGUUAUACGCGGAAAAAUACAGUAUCUUCAAAACAACCCUGGGUUAGGUUGAGAGACAGUAACACACUGAGGUUCCUGAGUGGAUAUUUGAACCUUGGUCUGCCAAAUCCCAGCCUAAGGGCUCACCCACAUGGAAGUUUAAUGUGGAUUAAAGCAACUUGUGUAUGUGUCUCUCUUUCUCUGAUUUUUUUGUGGUGUCCACACAGCAUCCUCAUCCUAGUGACAGCUACCACUUCUCCCCACUAAAUUUGGAUUUUCCCAAUCCACAGAUAAAUCUCAAUAAAGGAAGAAAACCCAGUGUAAGAUCACACGCUACUUGCCCAUGAACACACUGUGCAGUGCGGGGGGUAUUGAAAGGGGUGGUGAUGUUUUUCUAUUGCCACACCCUUUACUUCCAUAGUGUUUCCAUCAACCCAAAGGAAAGGAUAUGGCCUUCUCUUUUUCACCGGUUGUUACUGAAGGCACCUUCAAGGCAUUUUUAUUUUUAAAAUGUUACUGUUUCACAGAAGUGCUGUUGCACAAAACAGCUGUAUUAAAAAAUAAUAAAGCAGCUCCAGAUCCUUUCCUGGUUUGAAGCAACAUACACUAAAAAAAAAAAAGUUUGCUCUUCUUUGCAAAUCUAGUAUAUCUUCAGAGCAAGAAUUACAUUUUUUAAAAUAUGGGCAAACUACUUGGAGCAACACAGACACAUUUUAAACUCGCCUUUACUGCUCUUUAGUGCAAAUCUGGCAUAUUAUGUAUUAGGUUGUUUUUUAGUCUUGGGUCUAUAUCUGUUUUUAAUGUUUGUCAGUCAUUUUGAGUUCAUUUUUUCAAAGUGACAUAAUAAUAGUAUAAAUGUGGGCCCACUAGUUCAUUUAUUACUAUUUCACAAGCAAUCUGUGCCUUUUGUCUCCAGCACCUGCAGUUGAGAGUAUACUGUUUCUAAAUAGUUUUAAAGACACUGAAAAUAAGUUUUAAUAAAAUAUUUCAUUGUUUAUUUCUUUACACCAUGAUAUGAGACGUUAAGAAAAGAGUCUGAUGGUUCUUGGAAAUGUGGAGAAAUUAUUCUGAAAUGUGUGUUAAAAUUCCAGAGGACAGUGGAAACUUCAAAUUCUGCCAGAAGCUGGGAGUGGGGCAGUUAUGAGCUAUUUUGGUACAAUUCAUAACUAUCGUUAGUCAUGCCAGAACACUGAAGGCAACCAUGCUGAAAUAAUCAUUCUUUGCUGCCAUUUGCUGCAAGAGACUAACAUGGCUGCUUUCACCAGCUCUGUACCCUUCAGAUGUUUAUGACUUAAACUCCAAUUGUCCCCAGUCAUCUGAAGGGCACCAGGUUUGCAAAGCAAGUGUGGACUUCUGGGGUAGGGAAAUAAACUACAUACUAGUGCUCCCCAACUUUCUAUUUGUUUGGUUUUUACAGUGGUAUUUAGAUACAGCUGCUUCUGUCUUUGAUAUGCCAUUGCUUACCUUCAAUUCAUCCCUUCCUUUUGCCCAAGUAAGGGCCCAGAACUUACCCUCUCAUUUUUGUGUGUGUGUGUUUGCAGGACUGAAUAUAAAGACAGUGGUGGCAUCUUCCUGUGAUUUGCAGGCUUUCUGA